UACUUUUUGAAAAUAAACACCUUACACUUUAGAAAAACGCUAUAACAUUCACCUGUCCUCCCAAAAAAGUUGUCGAAUGUCAAUAUGGCGGACUUGAAAGAGAAUCGUAGUUCAUGCCACGUCUUGAGAACCAGCGUGUCGCAUUGGUUGGCGCAUGACACGUGACCUUUUAGUUUUAGUCAUCGACUUCUAACCUAUCCAGUAUAGCACGUUUUAUGAUUUUGUUUUGUUUACGGAAUUAUUUUACGUUCAUUUAAAAUUAUCUUAAGAGUUAAGAUGGUUUACCCCAAUUCCCCGUUUAAGAUAACUUUCAACAAUAAAUUAAUAACACAUUUAUUUAUUGAUGAUAGUGUCACCAAAACAUCGGUUUCAAAUGAAGAAUUAUUAAAAAUACAGCAAUGGUUAUGUUCUUCGCCAAAAAUAACCUCUUUAAGAGUAAAUACAUUAAAAACAAAUAUUGCCAAAGUUUUAAAGGUAUUAAACACCCAUUUCGCAGAAAAUUGCAAUUAUACACCGAAUGUUUAUAUACAUCCUUCUUUUACCAAUGUAAUAAUAAUUGACAGUGGAAAUUGUUCAACAGAGUUUGAAAAGUUUGAUAAAGAAAUUAUAGUAGACACUGAUUGUGCUUCAGCAAUUCUUCGAGGUGCUCAUAUAUAUGCCCCAGGAGUAUUAGGAAUGGUUUCAGGUUGCCAGGUAAAUGAAAACGUUAGUAUUUACGCCGAUGUUGCAAAAAAGUGUAAAAAGGGACUUCAGAGAAUAUAUGAAAAUGACUUCAAAAUAUUCAUUGGAAAUGGGGUAGUUAAGAUGCAGAGACACCAGUUGUUUGCAACUGAAAAUAUUACGCCCAGUGGCAUUGCUGUAGAAGUAACAGACACCAUUUCAGGAUGUGUACCCAUAAACGAAAAUAUAUUACCAAUAGGAGAGAUUUUACUACAAAAUAUACCAUCUAUUUUAUGUGUUCAUAAUCUUAACCCCAAAUCUGGUGAUGUAGUACUUGAUAUGUGUGCUUCUCCUGGGAAUAAAACUACUCAUAUAUCAGAAUUAAUGCAGAAUAAGGGAAUAUUAAUAGCCAUAGACAAGACUCCAAAGAAGGUUGCUCAACUUCAAAAACGCUGUGAGGAUUUCGGCGCUAAAGUGUAUAGUUUUCAAGCUGAUUCUACUGCAAUACUUUCAGAUACUUUAAGUUGUUCAAAUAUAAUAGACGGUCCACCAUUUUCACCUCAAUCGUUCGACAAAAUACUUUUAGAUGCACCUUGUAGUGUUCUUGGGAAAAGACCACAACUGGCCAAUAGGUUGUCAGAGAACGAGAUCAAAUCAUUCGUUCCAUUACAAAGAAAACUGUUUGAAAGUGCAGCAAAAUUAUUGAAGCCAGGCGGAAUUAUGGUCUACAGCACAUGUACUAUAACGCUGUCUGAGAACGAAGGCAUUGUAGCGUGGGCCUUAAAAAAUUUUAAUUUCUUAGAAUUAGUUCAACCAGAUUUGAGUUUAGGAGAACCUGGAUGGCCUGGAACUUCUCUUUCAGAUGAAACAAGGAGUUUGGUUCAGAGAUUUGGACCUAAUUCAGAGGUGGAUUCGGUGGGAUUCUUCUUUGCCGUUUUUAAAAAGAAAACUUGAGUUAUUUUCAGUAUUAAGGUCAUGUUGUAUAUAUUGUUAUUAUUACUAUAAUAUAUUUAAUAAUUAA